AUGAGUUCUCUCUCCAACCUCGGCGCAGCCCUCCUGCCCUCGGCCCUGCUGGUCGCCGGUGUCUACGUCGUCAAACCCGAGUUUGUCGCCUAUGCGGUUGCUCUGGCGGGCGUGUUCUCCGGAUGGAAACUCUUCAGCAACAAACCUCGGAAGGUCUUGAACCCCACGGAGUUCCAGGACUUUGUGCUCAAGGAGAAGAAUGAGAUCUCCCACAAUGUCGCCGUCUACCGAUUCGCGCUGCCCCGCCCCACCGAUAUCCUGGGUCUACCGAUCGGCCAGCACAUCUCGCUCGCUGCCACCAUUGCCGGCCAGCCCAAGGAGGUCGUGCGCUCCUACACCCCCAUUUCCUCGGACAAUGAGGCGGGCUACUUUGACCUGCUGGUCAAGGCCUACCCGCAGGGCAACAUCUCCAAGUACCUGACCGAGCUGAAGAUUGGCGAUGUCAUGAAGGUGCGCGGCCCCAAGGGUGCCAUGGUCUACACCCCGAACAUGUGCCGACACAUUGGAAUGAUCGCCGGCGGCACGGGCAUUACUCCCAUGCUCCAGAUCAUCAAGGCCAUCAUCCGCAACCGGCCCCGCAACGGCGGCAACGACACCACCAAGGUGGACCUAAUCUUCGCCAACGUCAACCCGGAUGACGUUUUGCUCCAGGAGGAACUGGCGCAGCUGGAGAAGGAGGACGAUGGGUUCCGUGUCUACUACGUGCUCAACAACCCGCCUGAGGGAUGGGCUGGUGGUGUGGGCUUCGUGACUCCGGACAUGAUCAAGGACCGUCUGCCGGCCCCGGCCACCGAUGUCAAGGUUCUCCUGUGCGGUCCCCCGCCCAUGGUCAGUGCCAUGAAGAAGGCCACCGAGUCUCUCGGAUACACCAAGGCGCGCCCCGUCAGCAAGCUCGAGGACCAGGUCUUCUGCUUCUAA